AUGUACAACAAUAAACUGUCCCAGGGAGUUGGUAUACAGUAUAAUAUACCAGGUAAAGUAUGGUCUGGUGAUGGCACAUCCCCACCAACAGGUGGCAGUACAGCACACCAGUAAAGAGUUGGGCUAAAUACAGUGGUACCUUGGGUUACAUAUGCUUCAGGUUACAUAUGCUUCAGGUUACAGACUCCGCUAACCCAGAAAUAGUGCUUCAGGUUAAGAACUUUGCUUCAGGAUGAGAACAGAAAUCGUGCUGCGGCGGCGCGGUGGCAGUGGGACGCCCCAUUAGCUAAAGUGGUGCUUCAGGUUAAGAACAGUUUCAGGUUAAGAAAGGACCUCCGGAACGAAUUAAGUACAUAACCAGAGGUACCACUGUACAUUUUAAAUAAGAGAGAAGCACCUGAAUGAGAGAAGCAUAAAAAUUAAAAUACAAAGGAAAAAAAUGGCACUUGACAAAUCAGAUGUAGCAUUUUGUAUUGUUUUGCUCUUGCCUUUUAACCGUAGGUGAUUGAGCAGCAACCAGUCAUUGCUGUUCUGCUUUAAGCAUACAGUGUUAGUGGCGUAGAAUUUCAACACCCAGUACUGCCUCAAUACAGCUGCACGCUUCUGCCACUGUGCUCUGUUAAAAAUGGCUUCUCCAUGUGAGCCAGGAAAUGAUCUCUUCAAACAAUGGAAUGACUCUUCUUUUCUUAUCUCUGUGGCUGUGAUCUCUUGGGUGACGCGGACACCGUUAGACAGUUGAACGCUCAUGCGUACGCAGUCCGUUUCCCUCCCACCCCAUCCCCUCCACAUGGCCCCAGGCUCUGGCAACCUACGCUACACCACUGACCUAAGUACACUUCCUCAAAACAUGGAGGCUCCGUUUACCCAUCUCGUCUUAUAUUAAUGAUUCUAUUGGAUCUUGUGCUUUUAAAAACUAGAAUAGACUGGGCUUGUUCCAUAGCUCACAGAUUCCUGCACAUAUACUCCAUUUUUGUGCAUGUGUACACAAAGUGGGAUUUCUCAUGUCCCCCUCCCACUGGGACAGACCUACUAACAUUGCAGGACUGUGCCCCACACCCAACCUCAUGUUUAACUUGCCUAAGGAUGAAAUAGGCAAAAUAGGAAGCAACACACUAAAUUAGCCACCCGUGUGUGAGAGAGAGUAUGAAAACACUAAUUGAGGGAAGGUGGAUAGAGAACACCAUUACACACUAGUUUGUAAACAUGCCCACGUGUAUACAGACAACACGGAUAGUAGAUGACGUUAUCGUGCAAAGGUGUGUACAAUUGCAAACCACCAUGUACAAAAGCAGACUCUUGGGGGGGGACAGCCCCUGUGCAUUCAUAGGCUAUGUGUGUACACAGGCUUAAAUGGGAACCUAAACAAAUUUGAAUACACUAAACUUAGGUGCAGACAAGCUCUAGAAUGCUCACAAUGUUUUUGUGAGGAGGUUAUAUAUACAGUGGUACCUCAGGUUAUGUACUUAAUUCGUUCCGGAGGUCCGUACUUAACCUGAAACUGUUCUUAACCUGAAGCACCACUUUAGCUAAUGGGGCCUCCUGCUGCCGCCGCGCCGCUGGAGCACGAUUUCUGUUCCCAUCCUGAAGCAAGGUUCUAAACCUGAGGUACUAUUUCUGAGUUAGCUGAGUCCGUAACCUGAAGCGUGUGUAACCUGAAGCGUAUGUAACCCGAGGUACCACUGUGUGUGUGUGUGUGUGUGUGUGUGUGUGUACACAUAUUGCUGCAGACAGGUGGGGAACUAGAAAUGAGAAUGGAAAUGGGUAGUUUAAUCAAUCCCUAUACAAUGGUUAGAUAAUGCUGAUCAGGGGCUUAUGAAGUCUUCCAAAUGCAGCAAUCUCCCUGCCUGCCUUCCUACCUACACAGAAACACCACAAGAGUUUAACCACACCACUGAGCUCUUAGGAAAGGUGAUGCAUAGCAAAGCCACAGGAGACUGAGCGCAUUCUUUGGCUGACAGACUCCUGCAGAAGUCAAGAGAUGGAGAAAUAAUAAAUACUUCCCUGCUCUGGCUUGCAACUUAAAACACUUCUUGUAGCGCGGAGGAAAAUCUAACUCUGGAAGGUGAUCUACAACUGAGGUUGACUGGAGUGCUGAUUAAACAGAAAGGAGGGUUUUUCCCCCAAUGCUUGUUCCAAGAAGAGAUGCACAACAGAGCAUUUCUACUUAGGAGAGGAGGGUGAACCUUGGCCAGUUACCACCCAGUCAGGAAUGGAUGCACUGGCAGAGCCAAUGAGUACAAGAGGCAUAGGGUGUGCAGUGCCCAGUUGCUGAAGGAGGGCAACAUAAGGAACCCAGGCGGUGGAAUGGAGAGGACCUCAGAAAGCAUCCAGACCGGGGCAUCCCAUCUAUAAAGCCACCUGGAGCUUUGAUCUGCUAUACAAAGGGUCCAGCUUUCUUGGGAGAAAAGGUACUUGUAAGAUGAAAGUGUUUACUGACUCUAAUUUAUGUUUAUUCAUUUAUAGAAGCCUAAGUACAUGUAAAGACAUUUGUGGAGAUGUGUCCCUGUUGCCUCAUUCUACUGCUUUGGUUCUCCCUCCCUCCCUCCGUUCCUUUUGCUGCCUUCCCUAUCUGAAAUGUAGAUUGGAAUUUCCUUGGGGCAUGGCCUUGUCCUUUUGGAAAGUGCCAUGUGCAUCAACAGCAUUGCAUAAAUCAUUUGCCUGUUUCUUUGAAUUAUUUGGCUUACACUUAAAAUAAGUGGUGCAUAGAGAGAUGAUCAACAAUUAGCUGAGCAGUGUUUAACAUGUGAGUGUGAUGAUCAUGAUGAUGAUGAUGAUGGUAGGGAACUGUAGGCAGACAGACUGUAUUUACUUUCUUAAAAAAAAACAACUGCAGUUGUAAUUCUAUAUGCACUUACCUGGGAGUAAGCCCCAUUGAUCGAUGAGGGUUGGUUGUGGGGGAGUGAGAAAUGUUCUUAUUUUCAUCUGAGGAAUGUUGGAGAGUUUGAAACCAGGCUGAAAGCCCCCAUGGUAGAGUGGGAUAUAUAAAUUAUAAUAAACAUGAACUGGAACUACAGUUUUAAUGUGCUUGUGGCAAGUUUCCCUUAGUUAUAACAAGCAGGGCUUCUUUGAAGAUACUUUAUUAGUGAUGCUAAUCAACGCUCCACGACUGAACAACACAUGAGUCUUCCCACAGCCUAGACUUGCUAAAGCAAGUUGGACAGAUCCUACAAAGAGAGACCUCUUGUCAAAAGCAUCUUUCCAGGUAAAGGUUAUGCAGAUCUGGUUUUCAGAAAAUGGAAAUCUUGGUUUUGUGGAAUACAGCUGAUCAUAGUAUCACAGGAAGGUCUUGUGCUUCUCCAGCAAGCAUCCAAAAUCACUCUUGAGCAGCUUCUUGAGCAGCUUGUGGAAGUGCUUCACCUGAGACUCUCUGCCAGGGUACAUCCACUGGAGGAACUUGCACAGAGGUUUAACUGAGUACACCUCAGAGGUCUUCUUCAGCAGCUUAUAUUGUGUGGUGGUUAUGUUCCAGGGAUGGCACGUAUAUCUAAGAAUGCAUAUACUCAAACUGUGCCCGUGUGAGCAUCACCCUUCCAGAGCCUUGCCUGCCUGGGGGUGCUUAUGUGAGAUCUCUCGAGAACUCAGACAGCCCUGCAAGAUCUCAUAAGAGCAUCACUGAGCACACAUGCUGAGUGCCUUGCCUGGUAAAGAAGGCAGAGAAUUUAAAAGUUAUUUUGUGCUGGGUUUUCCCAGUUUGUGGAAAGAGCUUUUAAGCUCUCUGCCUUCCUUACUGGACAAGGCCUGCUCAGGACCUGGAAUGGCUGGCCUGGCUGACCCAGCAAGUUUUAACCCCCUAGGUCAGUAGUUCCCAAACUUUACCAGGCUACUGAUCCCUUGGUUCCAUAAACUCAUCUCAGUGCAUACUAUCCUACCCUAUAAAAAACAUUAUUCAUAAUAGUGUUUUCCACAACCCACUAAGGAAGAUAACACAAUAAAAGUCAAAAUAGUAGCAAUUAUUUACACAUUGAACUUGAUCCAAUGAUAGCACUUUUUCAAAGUCUGUUAGUCAUUUAUACCUUCAGUGCCCCCCUGCCACCCUCCUGCUGCCUGGCUGAGGUGAAUUUGCUGCAUUACUGAGGAGAUGGAUCACUCUCACUUCCUGAACUGGGAGUAAAGGCAAAAGAGUGGCAGUUGGGGAAAUGCAGGGGAGCUGCCUUGUUCUGUUAGACUACUGAUCCGCCUGGCCCAGUAUCAACUGCAUGCUGAGGCUCUGCCGUUCUAGAGUGGGUGGGGGGGAUGGACAGGACCAAGACUUAUCAGAUGUUUUGUUUUGAUUUGUUUUUAAGUAAAUGGCCACCAUCACCAGCAAGGCUUCCUGGCUGACAGGUGCCUAGACUGCCCAACAGAUUUUGCAAAGCACCAAGAAAACCUUAAGCACAGGCAGGCAGGCAGUUUUGCAAGAGGAUGCUUAGGCGGGUGACGUCAUCACCACAAGAUGGUGGAAUAGCUUUUCUCUCCCCAACCCCAGGGCUCACAGAUGUUUACAUUAGAUAACUCUAAAUCUUAAAAAAACGCUUAUCAAAAUAGCGAAUUCUGUCUGGACAUGUUACAGCGCUCAUAAUUAGAACAAAAACGGGUGGGGCUGAUUUAAUUUUAAAGAGAUUUACUGUGGUUAGAAGGGGGUAAGUGAAGACUUCUAGAUCUCUUCAGAGAUUGCUUGCCACAGGAGAAAGCAAAUGGCUUAAGCCACUUUUAACACAGUUGUAACAUAAAGAAAAGGGCUGCCCUCUGAAUGGGAAGGGUUUCGAAGAGAUCAAGGGAAAGAGGAGCAGAGAAGGCAGCUUGUAGAGCACAGACCCCUGUCUCAAUUCAGGUGGCUUCACAGCAACAGUCUGCAAUGACAGUUACAGCCCUCCCCCUCAGCACUCGCCAUUUGUGGCAGCUGGGCAAGCACUGGUCCUUCCAACACAGCUCAAAAGUCGAGAAAAGGUGGCAAAGUAAUAGAUGCUGAUUUUACGAUGAGGAUUCCUUUAAAACUUAGAACAGAUAUAAUGUAAGACUGGGGUGAAACUUUUGUUGCCCCUUAGAAAUCAGCUCAGAGAACUCACAGCUCAAUUGGGGGGGGGGAACAACUUCAGUCACUCCAGAGGCUAAGGAAACAAGUUUAAAAAAUAAAGCAGUCCUAAAAUCACUUGCCUUGGAACAACAGGAAAUCUGGUGCUGACAACGAGGACAAAAAUAGAAGGGAAACUAUUUGGGUGAAGGGGCCCCCAGAAAAUGUGGAAAAUAAUAAUAUUAUUGAAACUUUUGUCGACUGUCUUAAUACCCUUCUUCCUGAUUUAAAUCUGAAAUCAGAGGGUAUGAAAAGAGUGCACUGAGCUCUUUAUCCCAAGCCCAAAGUAGGGGAGCAUCCACACAAUGUAAUUAUUGCUAGGUUUGAAAAAGUUUCCACUAAAAAGUUUCCACUUUACAAAAGCUAUGCAAAAUUGAACAAAUAACUUAGAAAGGUGCUUCCAUCCUUGCUUUUCAAGAUCUCAGCCAAUUUACGCUUAACAAGAGAUGUGAAAUGAAAUCUAUUAGAGAAGCUCUUCUCAGAACCGGAAUUUUUUGUGGGAGAAACUAGUCUACUCCUCUUUUCAGCUCCCUCCCCUAGACCUGGUGUCCCUACUGGGCAUCUUCAGGCAGCUGGUACCUUUCCAUCUUGACCCCCUCAGGUCUAACAAGCAUUCUGCAGCUAAACUCAUCCACCUCUCUCAUCUCUUUGAUCACAUGAUGCAUCUCUUCUCAAAUCCCUCAACUGACUUUCUGUUCAUUCCCACAUCCAGCACAAGCUCCAUGACCUUCCUGUCAAAGUCCUCUGUAGCCCCCACAGUAGUUUUCUCUCUGCUCUCGUAUCCUGAUCAGCUUUUGUCAGUGACCUCCACUGCUUCAGCUACAUCACUCUUAGCCAUCUGAGGGCCCCUCCACGCGUCCCAUUUAUUGUGCAUUCAUAAUGAUUUGUGCUCAUGAUGGUGUUGGGGCAGUUACACACAAUCCUGCUUUCAGUACUUUUUUGAGGCUUCAAAGGAUUCAGGAGGUUUGUUUCCUCCAGCAGGUACUGUUUGGUAUGCAGGCACAGAAGGAAAAAAGGAGCACUGAAUUCUCUCGCAAUACAGUGGUACCUCUGGUUACGAACUUAAUUUGUUCUGGAGGUCCGUUCUUAACCUGAAACCAUUCUUAACCUGAGGUACCACUUUAGCUAAUGGGGCCUCCUGCUGCCGCUGCACGAUUUCUGUUCUCAUCCUGAGGUAAAGUUCUUAACCCAAGGUACUAAUUCCAGGUUAGCGGAGUCUAUAACCCGAAGUGUUUGUAACCUGAGGUGUUUGUAUCCCGAGGUACCACUGUACGUUGCGGCAAAUCUUUCCGGAUUCUCUCGCAAUAUGCUGCUGUUAUCUCUUUCUGCUCUGUGUGCAAACACAGCUGCACUUGGUGACUUUUUCCUCUCUUUUCCACUCCAAAAAGGCACAAGAUAAGAGCCAUGUUCUCUUCAGCUAAGAAGCAAUCCUUCUUAAUACAGCUGAGACUGUAAACCUGUCAUUUUUAUAACCAGUCUUGUUCUUUUCCCACGAUGCUCUAGUUCCUGGAUUCCUCUGUUCCUGUUUUUCCCCAGUGAAAAAUAUUGACAGGGUUUUAGGUGUGCUUUUGCCUCAUCACCUGAGGGCCCCUGUCAGCCUCUAGAUUUUGCACCCAAAGUGGCACAGACCUACCACAAGCAUGCCACCAUGCUCAAAUAUUAAAAUACAAUAGUCCGUUAAACAUUAAAAGAUAUGUGGGAAACAGCCAAUUCGUAUGUGUGAAUGCAUUGCUUAAUGACAGCAUCAUCAGGUGUGCAUCUCACAGCCCAAACCAUAGAGAGAAUGCCCAUCUCAUCUCAUCUGUACCUGCCCAUCUUCUUACAUCCAGUCCAGGGACAGCAUUGCCUAUGAGCUUCCUCCUCCUCUCAGGCUGGGUAUACACCAUACAUUUAAAUCACCACCAAAAGAAAGCUUCCUGGCAACUGUAGUUUGUUGACAGUUUGGGGAAUUGUAGCUCUGUGGGGGGAACUACAGCUCCCAAGAUUCCUUUUGGGGGAGUUGUGCUUUAAAUGUAUGGUGUGCACAUAGCCCAAGUGUUGCCUUUGUAGAUCUCAGCAGAGGACAGGAUGGGGGCAAAUUAGAAUUAAUUGGCUCCUCUCAUUGGCACUGACUCCAUCUGCUAUUGGUCUUCCUGCCUUCUGCUGCACCAUUCCCAGUGGGCACCAGCCACCCCUGGAGGCAAGGGAGCGAUAAGUUUCUCCUUGACACGUUGCAGCGGGAAAGUGGUGUACAGUACUCUGUUUCAUUGGAGGUUUUAAACAGAGGUUGGAAAUGUAUAUUGAUUCUGUAGUUUGACAAAUACUACGGUUUGAUGCAUUCCUGUCAGCCAGGAAGCCUUGCUGGUGAUGGUAGAAUUUGUAAAACUAUAGGAUCAAUAUGGAUUGUGGCUAAUGUUGUGUCAGUGCGGCUUCAGAAAUUAGCAGUGGGAGUGCAGUGGAUGCAGAGUAAGCAGUCAUAUGAACAUACCCAAAUAACUUUGUAUGAACAUGGAUUAAAGACCAAUCACUGGAAAGGCACUAAGUGCACAGCAAACAGGACUCUGAACAUAGCCCAAAUUUCCAGACAGCAAUCUUCACGAGAUUGGCAUUUAUAAGAAAUAUGCUCAAAUGUCCCUUACUGGCAGAAUCACUGUUGUUGCUUCUAAUGUGCCUACCUGUUUGUUUGCUUUUCUGUCCUGCUCCUCAUUAGGGAACAACAGGUUUUUGCAGGGUUUCAAAGAGGGCUAGUUGUCAGGUGUCUGAUGAUGUCCCAACACCCCAGCAAGGGCCCAUUGCUGCCCCCCGCUACCCUGCUCCUCCUCCUCUUCAUUCACCUGUCCUUUCUAAAGUGUGCAAGAAGAUCAGGGAGAAAGAGUAACAGCCUCCAUUUCCCUUGCAUUCUCUGUCUGGGCAGUGGUACGGACUGGGUCCAAAGGAAGAGAGUAACAAGGGGGACAACCCAGGAGGAGGGUUCACUGAGACCAUCUUGCCCAAGGGCUCUCCAAAUUCUGGAGCUUCAAAACCUCCUUGAGAAGAGAGACAACAGUGGGACAAAUGAAAUUGGUGUGAGUGUCACAAACAAAAGUGCUCUUUGCAAACAACUCUUUUUAGAACAUUGCUUACAUUUUCUGGUGGUGGCAACUGUUAACACAGAGAUCUCUGCCCCACAAGCCCUUUGUGGUGGCCGCCUUUGGAGAGCUGUUCCGCUCCUGCAACCUGCUCUCCUGUCAGAGCUGAUGCCUGCCUGCUUUCCUUCCAUUUCAAAGGUCGGACAGAGAAAGCCAGGCACAGAAUCCUGGAAAGUCCCAGCACAGAUCAAGCCAGCGCUGAAUCUCACAUGGUCUUCUUUUUUCUACCACAUCCCUCUACUCUCUGACAUACAGCUUUUGCACGUUUCUGUGGUUCUUCUCUUGCAAAGGCUGUUACUUUGUGGUUUUAGCUCUCCAGACAUCUGUUCUUCCCACAGACUCUUGCGGAGAUCAACAUUUGGGCUGAUUUUGUGCAACUCUUUCGGAUCAGGUGAGGAAAUCGCAAGAAGUCAGCCAGGUAGGUCCUUCCCAAAAUUUCAUUUUACAGCGGUGUUUAUGACAAUCCUGCAUUUGAAAUUUGUAGUUGGAAGCAAGGCGUAAAAGGGUCUUUUGAUGAUUUUUUUUUACAUGAAAAGUGAUUGAAUACUGUAAAACCAACAUUAAAACCUUACGAAGAAAAUUGCAUUUGAUAAUUGCACAUGCAUCUGAGAAGCUGCAGAGUACAGUGUGCUGCUUUUGAGAGCCUUUCUAAAUAAUCCAGGUUCUCUAGUCAAUAAAUGUGCAGUAAUUCAUUGCAGGAGAGUGAGAUGAAAUUGAGAGAAAAUCUCAGGGAUCUCAAUAAGUCUUUAAGGCCUUUUUUGAAUGUUACACUAAGUUGUGGUUUAGCUUUAUAUGAACAAGCCUGCUCAAGCUUCAGGUGUGCUCCAAGAGAGAACACUGAGAAUGUGCUGGAGUCAGAGAACAAAAACACCUGCUUUCAAUUUUAAAUUAAUGACAGUUCCCUGUCAGAAUCCAUGGAAUAGGGAUUACCUUAAAUCAGGAGUGGCUAAACUCUGACCCGCCAGAUGUUGCUUUCCUUAACUACAUCUCCUGUCAUCCCUGACUAUUGGCAAUGUUGGCUGGGGCUGACGGAUGUUUGAAUCCAACAACAUUUGGAAAGCCACAGGUUCUCCAUUCCUGGUUCAAACUACAAAUAGCUCAAAGAAAGCAGGAGCAAACCAUGGUUUGUGAUCCUGGCUUGUUCACUAACCAGAGUGCACACAAUCCAGAGUUUGGACAUAAUGGGGAACUCUUGUUAGUUUAAAAUGCUUCUGAUCUACUGACCAUGCAGGAGGAGAGAUGGUGAGGUAAGGAGCAUACAUGUUUUGAGGCUCAGUCAGGCUUGUUUAUUUAAUACUAAAGCAUAGUUGGGCAUUAUUCCUGAAGCAGCCCACUGUUUUUUAAAUGCUCGCUAAUGUUAUCUCUCAUUGGGUGGGAUUGUAAAGAGUGGAACAGCUCAUUAGCAGAAAUGCUGAAAAUGGCUGGCCUUUAUCAAAUUCUUAUCUUCUGUAAUAUAGAAGGCUGUGCACACAUGGCACCUUUAAAGCACAUUUGAAGUACAUUAAUUCCCUCAAAGAAUUAUGGGCUUUGAAGCUUGUUAUGUUAAGGGCUGCUGGGAAUGGUAACUAUAUGAGGGGUGAAUUACAGCGUCCAGAGUUCUUUGUGGUGGUGUGGAUGUCCUUUGAAUGUGCUUUAAAUGUAUAUUGUGACUGCAGCCUUACUCCCCUUUCUUCUAUCACUUUUGCAUUUCACUUCAAAUUGUUGGAGGAAGGACAAUGAACAACACGAUCUCAGAACAUGGGGUUUCAGCUGCAGCCCCACAGUUUUUUGCAAAGUGUGAUUCUAUCCUAUGCAAGGUACACUCUCCUAAUUAGAAAGAAGGUGAAUGGGUGUUGAUGUGCUAAGAUGGAGCUUCAGUCUCAAUAUUUUCUCUUUAAAAGUGGCUAGCAAGAGACUCCUGAGAAGCUCAGAAGCAGGGGAUAGCCAUAUCCUGUUGUUUGCCUCUAAGAGCCAGGAACUGUACCUAUACUUAGGGAUGGAAGAGGAAUUCAAUUCAGUUCACAUUUGAAGCUGAAUCUAUCAAAUUCACACUUUCCAAAACAAUAUGAGAACCAAAACACAGCCAUCAUUUGAAAUUCACACUUACCUGAAUUUUGCACUGCACUUCUCCAACCAAUGUUUUAAAAAGAGAGUAUGUUAAGGGAAAGUGUGCAUAGAAAUGAAUGUGUUAGUGAAAAUAACUUACCAAAAUACAUUAUAUUAGGAGAAAUUGCUCACCAAAAGGGUGUAAAUUUGUCACAACUACAUGGAAAAAGGUGUUAUUAGGAGAGAUUUACAUUAAAAUGCUGAAUAUUUUUCUUGAAGACUUUUUAAAAAAAAUAAUCACAUAUUGCUACAAGAAUGUGGAGAACUGAAUAUAAGAUUGCAGAAAUGAGAAGCUGCGGAAACAAAAAUAGAGCCUUCCUUCCCUAGCUAUGUUGCCUUUGAGUGUGGCGGUUUCCUUUAGCUGUCAUGACUAGAUGUUUCAAGGAGUUAUGUCAGGUAGCCCAGGUUUACAAAAAUCCAAAGCACAGACCAGAAUCUAUCCAGAAUGCUGUGUGCUUGGCAGAAGCAAACAUUAGAAAACAGGAGCUAGCAAAAGCAGAUGUGGUGCUGUAAAAAAGCUCUGGAGGCAAGAGGUUAUAGGGAAUGUUAUGUAGUUGCGGACCCUAACCCAGGGCUUGGAAUAAGGCUUCAAAGCCCAUUUAAUUGAGCUCUAUUAGUAGCAUCAAAGGCUGCCUAACUUCUCUUUGCUAGAUUCCCCCCCAAAAGGGUUUCUAAGGGUAUUCUAGUUAAAGAAGUAUGCUUGUGAAAACAGGAAACAUGAUGGAAACAACUUCCUCUUCAGAAAGAAAACGCCUUUUAGCACUUCUGCUUCUAUUAUAUCAUUGUUUUGGUUUUCCCAUUAGCUGCUUUAUACGCAGGAGCACAGAGCAUGUCACAUGCUGCUAGCCUUAAAUGCACAAACAGUUCAUUACAUAAUGUCAUCUGCAUGCCCUCAGCCUCAAUAAAUAACUAGCAGUUUUGCAUAACCAUGCAUGUACAGGAAAAGAAAACAUAUAAAUGAAAUGUAUAUCUUGUUUUUAAUCUUUUAAAGACAGUGUAGAUGCACCAGUAUAGUGCAUGAAAAGAUGAAGAGGCUUUGCUUCCUGCAUGUUCUUAAAAGGCUACAGAGCUACACCUGUGCUGUUACUCCAUUGUGGAGGAGUGGGACACUUCCAGACAACCUUGUUACUGAACAUUCAUUCUGCCUUUUUCUUUUAACAAAAUGUAUAUACCACUUACUAGAGCAAAAGACCUCUAAGCAAUUUACAUGAUGCUGCAGCAGGGGUCAGCAAACUUUUUCAGCAAGAGGCCGGUCCACUGUCCCUCAGACCUUGUGGGGGGCCAGACUAUAUUGGGGGGAAUGAACGAAUUCCUAUGCCCCACAAAUAACAAAAGCACACAUUCUACUCAUGUAAAAACACCAGGCAUGCCUCACAAAUAACCCAGAGAUGCAUUUUAAAUAAAAGGACACAUUCUACUCAUGUAAAAGUUUUAGAUUUAGAAGACGAUGGGGCUGGAUCUGGUCCCCGGGCCUUAGUUUGCCUACCCAUGGUGUAGAACGUUUAUUUAAAAUACAACAAACCCAUUAAAAACUAGUUACAUAAUUGUUCAAAAAAAUCAUUAACAUACAAAACCCAGGAAGCAUCCAAUGAUGUAAAGAAAAGGGAGAAAUGUACUGCAAAAGUGCUGGAUAGGAUUAUUAUUUUAUCAUUUAAUUAGCUCUUUGAAUUUUGGCUCAGGUACCUAUUGAAAGUGUUCCUAGUUUCUUUACAAACUGCUUAAAAUUCUCCAUUUCAAAGAUCUUGCAGGACAAAAGUGCCUCAGGAUGACUUUUGAGCAGUUUGUAAAACAUAAAGACUGGCAACAUCAGCCCCGCCAUAUGGGAAUCCCUCACAGAUGACCACAGUGCCUGGAGACAGACCACAGUAGUGACCAGAGGAGAAAUGACCACUGGGAGGACUGCAGAGAGAAGAAAUGCCAUGGUGCAUCUGCAGCAGCACAACUGAAUGCCUUCAUUUGCCCCAGCUGCAACAAAAUAUGUCUCUCCUGUAUCAGUUUCAGCAGACACUAUAACUCUCCAACAGUUUGACUUCACCCUCAAAGGCGCACUCCUCCAUUGUCUCCCAAGACAGCCAGAUGACAACUUGAAAGGAAACAAAGAAGCCUUUGAGCCAAAACAUGCUGGGCUAAUUGAAUAAUAAAAUAGCCAUCCUCUCCAGCAUCUUUGAGAUACAUUUCUCCUUUUUUGCUGUGAGGCCUAAUAGAAGACACAAAUGUGACUGAGUAAUUUUGUGCAAUUCUUUAAAAUGCAAUUUUGCGUUUAAAAAAAAAUGAAGAAAAAGAAAUGAAAUGCAGUAUAUAGUAAAACGAGGAAGGAAGGAAUCAACCAAGGAAACUAUGCAGCUAAAAAGGGCAGGGUGUGUGUGUGUGUGUGGCAGAUAGAACUUAGUAAAUACAGGGUGGAGUUGAGCAGAAUACAUUGAUGGCAUUUGUACACUAUUAUAUAUUUAAGUUCUCUCAUUUCCAACUCUCUUGCAGUUGCACCAUAA